GUCGAAGGUCAAGAGCACGGCCUCCUUUGUCUUCACCCUCUUCGUGCUGCAACCUGCUGCAACACUCGCGACGUGUACAAUGUGUCGCUGGUGCUCGAGUUCAUCGCCCUCAGAAUCUUCGAGUCACACAUACUCUGCGCCGGCAUGGAAACGCGCCUUUCUGGCCAGAGACCUAGAACACGACAUCAUCAACGAACUUGCGCAGGACGUUUAUUGUGAUAUCUCCGGUUUUCUGGACGCCCUCUUUCCUGUCUCCGGCGAUCUCAUUGAAAAGGUCUUCGCCAAGGCUUCAAAGUCUGGCGGGUGCUACAAACCCUUGCGUAGGCGAUGGUCGGGUUACCCUAUCAAGCCACCUGCAAGCGAAACGGCUCUGUACGCGUCGUUCGUGGCCCUCGUGCAAUCUGUUACUAGCUGCAUUCCUGAGGCUGAUACGCGGACGAACGGUCUCCGAUGGCGGGACCACCACGAUCACAUACCCCUCUCGCGAAACCCCUGCACUCCGGAAGUUAGACCCGACAUCGUCGCGACGAUUGGAGUAGCAGAUGACAAGCCCGUGCCGUGGAGUCGCAUUCUGGUCCCAUUGCAAGUCAAGAAGCAAGAACAAAACAGCCCGGCAUUGUUGCAACUGUUGAAGUGCAUGCGCAUGGUAUUUCACGAGGCGAUGGAUCGCUGCUUCGUGUUCGGCGUCGUCAUUGCAUGUGCGAACAUGUCGGUGUACCUAGCGGACCGGGCCGGCGUCCUCGGGUCUGUGGUAAUCAAUAUUCACGAGGAACCACGAUUGUUUAUCCGCAUCAUAGUCGGCAUAAGCUCGUUGUCUCUCGCUGACCUCGGGUGGGACACCUCGAUGGCAAUCAUCGGCCAGCAGAAGAAAUACACUCGAAGCCAGGUACGACGAUGGAAGCCCAGGCUGUCCUACGAGGUGCCCUGGAGUCGGGAGCAAGAGGACCAAUACUGGGUGAUUGACAUGCCUCAGCCAAAAGACGGCGCCGAUUAUGGUGUCAUGGACGAGCGCAUGACCGAGAAGUUUGUCCUGUACAAGGCGCUCAAUGUCCAGCGUGGCGAGGUAAUCCGCGGGCGCGCAACGCGUGUAUGGAAAGCAUGGCUAUUCGAUGAAUUGACAUUACCGCCGGAAGAGCGUCGGUUGUUCAUUCUGAAGGAUAUGUGGCGGGACGACGAGCGAUGCCCAGAGGGUGAGUUUUAUGAGCACAUUGGAUGCGUACCGGGAGUCGCGACGAUGCGUUCAUACGGAGUCGUGUACGUUGAUGGCAAAGAGGACACGGUCAUGUCGAGAAUUCGGCGCGGCGUGCAGGUUUGUGCCAAACCUCGCUACAUUAAUGCGUCGCAGAAGAACAUCAAACGGGAGAUGAUUCCCUCAUCCAUGCCUGACAGAACUCGAGGAAACACGACUGAUUACGGUGUGCUCAUCGAUUACUUACCUUUCGUGGACGUGCCCGAACGCCCGCCUGGAGGAAAGACCCACUCGAGGUUGAUCAUGGAGUCGUAUGGAUGGCCGAUCAAGUACGCGCUUUCACUCUUGGAGCUGGUGCAAGCCAUGCACGAUGCACUUGCUGGUUAUUGGGCUGCGUACAAGAAGGGCGUUCAGCAUAAAGAUCUCAGCGAGGGUAAUAUCCUCAUCACGGCUCACGGAAAGAAAGGCGAAGGUCAUCGAGGAAUGGUGAUCGACUUCGACUACGCGAAGUUUAUGUCGGAUGCCACGCUUGCUGAGGAUCCGAUCUCGGGCACACUGCCGUUUAUGUCAGGUGAACUCCUGGAGGGAGUACCAUACUACCUGCGUACUCCCGCUGGUCAGUCAUCCGACAGUGACGAGCCCUCAGAUGAUGAAGAAGCCAUACCACCGGCUGACGCUACGCCUGUCCACACGUUUCAUCACGACCUGGAGAGCAUUUUCUGGAUCCUGCUCUGGUACUGCAUUUGGAGAGCCGGGCCUGCACUGCGGCGGCCCCUUAACGAAUGGCAGACUCACGACAGCAUGGCCGGAGAACAAUACAGGAGGUAUUUUGCGACUUCGGAAUUGAAACAGCUCGGAUCCAACAAACGUCUACUCAUCAAGAGCCUGGAAGAUCGCAAACGGUGUUUCGAUGUCGUGUCCCCUUACUGCCGGCCCCUCUUACCUCUUAUCCGUCGCCUCUGGAAGAUUCUUCACAUCGGAUACAAAGCGCGACGCUUCAAUGAGGACGAGGCUUACAACACUUUCUUGCAGGCUUUCCAGGACAUGGAAAUAAGCCUCAGCGACAAACCUGUAGAACUCAGUGAGGACCAAGAGCGUGCCUUCCAAGCGGAGCAGCGCCGUCGCAAAGAGGACCUCAUGAACUGGAAGCGUUCACCAAGAAAACUGGCAAGGCAGGCCGUUGACAAGCCAGUUGCCGCCGACGAGCAAACUCGUCGCGCGAACGAAGCCGGGCCAGCAGCCGUCGACACCGACACUGACGAACGCGAAGAGUCCCCGACCCCUCUGCUUCGCCCAUCUGCGACGCCGAGCCGCGCCCAACGGAAGCUCGUUCAUGGUAUUAUGGCACCUGGGCCAUCUACCAGAGCAUUGCUAGAACCGCCGCGGACUGGCGGAAUGUCCACGGGAUUGAAGGCGCAGCCUCCCCUGCCACCUGGGAUGAGCCAGACCAGUGCUCCCAUGCAAACGAGAUCCAAGAAACGCGGCCGUGAGCGGAUAGACGACGUUUGCGUUGGGGUUGGAGCGAGCGAGCAGGGCUGUAGCGCGAAGAGAGCUAAGCGAGGUAACGAUGGUCGUGGUCGUGGGGGUGGCCGUCGUGGAGGUCGAUCGAAACAGGGCAGAAAGGAGAAGGGCAGGGCGCGUUCACCGAGCGAGGGGUAACUGAGUCGGGUGUGAUGCUGUGUGAUGGAACACGCACACUGUACGUUAUUGGAUUUUCGUGUCUGGCUUCCUACCGCCCGAGCGGCCUGCACUGACCAUCACUGGCUAGGUAGUCCUGCGUGCCAAUGACGAUGAACGGCUGCGUUCUACAUAUACGUUGAAGCUUCGUGUUGUGUAUACAUACGUACACGUAAUCCCAUGCCAUUGGAAUGC